UGCAGCGCAGAGAAGCAGAACACACGCACUGCUGUCAAAGUCACCGCUGAGGCGCUCAUAUAAGCAUUCAGAUACCCGGGCUGCGUCUUUGCAUAUUUAUUUAUAUUUUGCGGUAACUCGCACAAAGAUCGCCGGCCUUCAUCAGCUGCUGGUUUAAAGUGCAUAAAGAGGACUAUAAAGGAUGGAGCUGCAUUUCCAUGAAAGUUUGAUGCGGUGUAAACCCGUCCCUUUAAGUCCUUUUGCGUUUUAUUGAAGACACUUGAGGAGCUGCAAUUCUGGAUAAUGGACAUAUUUAAACAUAAAGGACAUCAGUGAACCCGAGGGCACACAGAAGAGCUGCGGUCGAGUUAAUAAUAAUUAAAUCAGAGUUUUGUUUUUCUCUCUGUGAAGGAAGAUUUAAUGCAAACGUUAAUGAAGGGAGCGCGUGCGGCGCGUUGUGCUGGACGCAGUGAAGCUGCAGGGGUGAACUGAUGAGCUCCACGGACGGUCGACAAACAGGAACUCAUCAAUGCCUCUCAUCAGCCCAGUCCAGACCUUCCAACAGUGAGGCACGAGCACUUAAUUUUUGAGCCUCAACAGCCCACAUCUGGUUGUGUCAACACCUCAGUGGAGUCAUGGGUACCGUCCUGUCCCUCUCCCCGGGUCCUCGAAAACCUGGUUAUUAUGAUGACCGGCCUGGUUCUCUUAGUCAUUACCCGAGCCUGAGCAGCCGCUCUCUGAACACUCAAAAGGACCGCAGCCUCAAACGCGGCCAUUCCAUCUUUCUCCCUGCUCUCACCUGGAAACGCCUGGUGGCUUCCACCAAGAAGCGGGGAGAGUCCAAAAAAGCCUAUCCUGGAGGUCAAGGGGCCGUCGGGGCUCCUCUCAACAACAAUAACAUCUACCAGAAGGAUCCAAUCUUGCACCUCAAUCGCGAAAAUGUGAAGAAGUCUCUCUCCUGUGCCAAUCUCUCUAGCUACGAUGGUCCAGCAGGUGUGGGCCUGGGCGUUGGGCUGGGAUAUGGGAAACUGCCGCAAAUUUCCUCUGUCAAGAAGAUUGCACCUACAUGCACCUCAUCACCCAAGCGUGUGAUCGUCCAAGCUUCUACUAGUGAGCUGCUUCGCUGCCUGGGUGAGUUUCUGUGCACCCGCUGCUAUCGUCUCAAACACCUUUCACCCGCUGAUCCAGUCCUGUGGCUGCGGGCUGUGGACCGUUCGCUGUUGCUCCAGGGCUGGCAGGACCAGGCGUUUGUGACUCCGGCCAAUGUGGUGUUUGUGUACAUGCUGUGUCGUGAUGUGGUGGAUGGCGACUCGGUUUCUUCAGAACACGAACUACAAGCAAUUCUACUCACCUGUCUGUACCUGUCCUACUCCUACAUGGGGAACGAGAUCUCUUACCCACUCAAGCCCUUCCUGGUGGAGGCUGGUAAAGAGGCAUUCUGGGACCGUUGUCUGGCCAUUAUUGAUGUGACCAGUGCCAAGAUGCUGCGCAUCAACGCAGACCCACAUUUCUUCACGCAGGUUUUUGCUGAUCUAAAGAGUGAAGGAGGUUGCAGUUUGCAGGACUACGCUAGAGUUUUAGAUCGGUGAAAAGAGGAACUGGCAGAGUUUUUCUGCACAACAACACUGUCAUCAUCCCACAACAUCAGUAUGGCCCCCCCAUAUGCCUUGUCACACAACACUGGGACUCCGUUUUACUGUAAGAAACAAUCCUGCUGAAAAGACCAGUUUAGACCUGUAUGAAUGUCCAGUUAUGUUGGUUUGGUGUUGCUACCAUCUGCAUUAGUUUUUACAGUGGGAAAAGAAAGCAUAUGUAUAACAAUAACAUACAAUCUUAAAAAUUAAGUUUCUUAAUUGGUCUCGAUCAUACACUAAAGAACGAAGUAAGCUUUUCCAAUCUACAAAAUGUUCUUCAUGGGGGAAACGUUUCUUUUCAUCAUUGACAUGUUACAAAUAUAUGGGAAAAACUGAUCAUUGAAAAGUUUGUGUUACCCAAAUGGCUCUAGUAUGGCAUCACUGUCAAAUCCUUUAUUUUUAAGAUUGUAUGUUGGGUAAGGUAAUGCUUAUGAAACAAUUAUGAAAAUACUCUUCAGUUAUUAGACUAAUUGUUCUGGCAGUUUUUUGUGGAACGCUAUUUAUUUUUAUUUUGAAAGUCUCUUUUUAAAAAGAGUGCACGCAAAGGUGAACCCAGCUUUUCAAGCCCAUCAUCCUAAAAAUUUAACACAUUAAUAAUGAAUAUCAAAAAGAAGGGAGAAAUUUGUACUUUUGAAACCUAAGCUGUUUUCAAACCCUGCAUUUUUCUAAUGUAGUUACAAGUCUUUUGUUUAACCUUUAAUUCCUCUACAUUUUCAAUGAUUAUUCUGUAAGAAACUACAAGACCAACCAACCAACAAGGACAAUGUUAGUGGAAGUGUGUAUGUGUGUGUGUGUGAGCAAACAGUGAGCAUCAACAGCUGCUGGUUGUCAUGUCGUCCUUCCUUUAUUUCAUGUGCUGGACUUUGGGGCACCAGCUGCAAUGGCAUUAACAAGAUUAACAGAUUACUGUCACACACACACAUACACGAACUCUCUGAAAGACAAUUCUCAAUGCCUCUCCCUGCUCGCCAGCUCUAUAGGUUGAAUGGUUAAUCCAUGUAGGCCAUACACACUGUUAUGUUCUGAAUUGCACGUCUUGCAAGCAAUACAGUGUCAUUGAAAA